CAAGUGAAUUUACCUUUUCUUUUUAAACACUUUGCGAGAAGAUGUCAGGAAGAGGGAAAGGAGGAAAGGGAUUGGGAAAGGGAGGAGCCAAGAGGCACAGGAAGGUGCUUAGAGACAACAUCCAAGGUAUCACCAAGCCUGCCAUCCGUCGUCUCGCUCGUCGAGGUGGAGUAAAGCGUAUUAGCGGUCUCAUCUACGAGGAGACCAGAGGAGUCCUCAAGAUCUUCCUCGAGAAUGUCAUCCGCGACGCCGUCACCUACACCGAGCACGCUAGGAGGAAGACUGUCACCGCCAUGGAUGUGGUUUAUGCGUUGAAGAGGCAAGGACGCACUCUCUACGGUUUCGGCGGUUAGAUUGAAUCGACGGAGUUGGGAAUUAGGGUUUCGAAAAUUUGGGGAUCUGAAAAUUUCUUGUUUCUGAUUAGCUGAAGUAAAUCCACCACUAUUUUGUAUCGUUUUAU